AUGAGCAAGCUGAUCACUCCUCUCGUGCUUGCCGCAUUGGCUGCGGGCGUGGUGGCUUCUCCCGUCGCUGAACCUGCCAUUACUGAGGCGCCAAGCCUGGCCAAGCGAGCCACCAGCUGUACAUUCUCUGGUUCCGAGGGAGCUUCUAAAGCCAGUGUUUCUCAGAAGUCGUGCUCCACCAUCAUUCUGUCGGCUGUCGCUGUGCCCUCCGGAACCACUCUUGAUCUCAGUGAUCUGGAGGAUGACACUACCGUCAUUUUCGAAGGCGAAACCACCUGGGGCUACGAAGAAUGGGAUGGACCCUUGCUCCAAAUUUCCGGCACUGGCAUCACCAUCAAGGGUGCAACUGAUGCGUACCUCAACGGUGAUGGAGCCCGCUGGUGGGACGGCGAAGGAAGCGAUGGUGGUGUGACCAAGCCCAAGUUCUUCUAUGCCCAUGAUCUCAUCGACUCGACCAUCACGGAUCUCUACAUCGAGAACACACCCGUUCAGGCUGUCAGUAUCAAUGGAUGUGAUGGAUUGACUAUCACUGAUAUGACCAUCAACAACGAAGCUGGUGAUACUGAUGACUUGGGUGCCAAUACCGAUGGAUUCGAUAUUGGUGACAGUACUAGUGUUGUUAUCACUGGUGCGAAUGUGUACAACCAGGAUGACUGUGUUGCUGUGAACUCUGGCACUGAUAUUACUUUCGAGAACGGUGUUUGCUCCGGUGGACACGGACUGUCGAUCGGUAGUGUUGGCGGCCGCAGUGACAACACCGUGGAUACCGUGACCUUCUACAACAACGAGGUCAAAUCCUCCGUCAAUGGUAUUCGCAUCAAGGCCACUGAGGGAGACACCGGAACCAUCAAGGGCGUCACCUACAAUGAGAUUACUUUGACCGAUAUUUCCAAAUACGGUAUUCUCAUCGAGCAGAACUACGACGGUGGUGAUCUCAAGGGAACAGCUACCAGCGGUGUCCCCAUUACCGACCUCACAAUCGAAAACAUCUCUGGCGUCGAUGCUGUUGCCUCGAGCGGUUACGACGUUGUUAUUGUCUGUGGAAGCUCUGGCUGCUCUGACUGGACUUGGAGUGAUGUUGAUGUCACUGGUGGAACCACAUACAGUGGCUGCACCAACGUUCCCAGUGGAAUCAGCUGCAGCUAA